AUUAUCAUGAAGGGCCACGUCAGACCACUGUUGCUCCCACAUCCAAACCUCCAACGGUAACCGGACGCUUUACAGUGAACUUCACCGCAAUCAAUUUGAUCUAUAGGCCAGAGAUGGGUAACCCCAAGUCAAGGCUGUUCAGCUCAACAGAACGAGUCUUCGCUAAAUUGCUGGGACAGAUACUGAAAAGCAGCGACAUCGGUCCUGAUUUUAUGAACUGCAGCUUAUCGGCAUUAAGGUCUCUGAAUGAGGGGAAGAACACCGGAGUAGACACUGUCUGCACCUACCACAAAGUAGCUACAGCUCCCCCUUUCGACCCAGUGCACAUAUAUCACAAAUUCCUAAAUGAGACCACCGGUUUCACCAAGAUGGGGGCAUACAACCUGGACCCAAACAGUCUUUUUGUUAAUG